AUGCCGCCCUGGACCGCCCUCGUCCGCAACGCGACCACCUCGUCGUCGUCCUCGUCCACCGCCGCCGACUACACGCCCUUGCCCGCCUCACCCUCGCCCUCGUCAACCUUGCCGCUACCCGGAGCAGCGACGAGGGCCGGCCACGCGCUUCGAACCCGUCGCCGCCUCGUCCUCGUCGCGACCGCGGCGUCCACCCUCUUCCUGGUUGCGUCUCGCGCCGCCAUCGUCCCCGACAAGCACCUCCCGUCCGCCGUCACGACCGCCAAGCAGGGAGUCGUCGACGCGGCCGCCGCGACGUGGCGGUGGGACGCGGCGAGCACGGCCAACGAGGCGCAGGAGCUCGCCGACGAGUUGACGGGCGAGGACCACCUCGCCGACCUCGAGCUGCCCGUCGACGACGUUGUCGACGCCCCGAGCGGCUCGGCGCAGGGCGCAGUCGACCCGGACUGGCGCGAGCCGUCGUCGGACGAGGUCGAGUGCCCGGCGAGCGCUCAGGCGCAAGUCGGCCAAGCGGGCUUUUGGGCAGUCACCGAGACGUCCCGGUUGCAGUACCUCGUCGCGCCGCGCGAGCCGCUCGACGACGCCGUUCCCUCGAGCUGCCUCUCGCAGGCCGUCUUUUCGGCCCGCCUCGUCUCGGUGUCGGGCGACGACACGCUCGACAACGUCGACACGCAGACGCUCGUCGCCCUCGACCGUCCACGUCGCUCGGUCGACCAGUUGUCGUACUUCGUCUCGGUCCCGUCCGACGUCGCCGUCCCGCUCGGGCCGUACCAGCUCGACGUCCACCUCGCGUUCGGCUUCUUCCCGGGCGCGCUCGACGGUGUGCCGUGCGGCGACGAGGCCGAGACCUGUGUCGAAGGCGAGCUCGGUGCGGCGGCGGGCGACCAGCUGCGGUACGUCGGCGAGCGGGUCGAGGUCCUGAGCGGCCAAGUCGUCCAUCUCGUUCAAGAAGCCGUCGCCGACCUCGCCCUCUGCACCGACCUGUCGUCCCUCGCCGGCCACUGGUCGAACCUCGCCUUCUUUCCUACCUCGCCACCCUGCACCCUCGCGACGCCGACGCUCCCUCUUCCUUUCCUCGUCGAUGCCGAGGCCCGUCCGACCAAGCCGCUGUGGCUGCACGUCGUCGGCGACUCGAACGCGCGCAACAUGUUUACGCACCUCGCCGCGUCGCUCGGCGAGGGCCGCAAGGUGUCGGCGAGCAAGGUGCUCGACUCGCCGACGCACAACGGGACGCACGCGAGCGUCGCGUUCCGGUACCGCGACGGCGCGCCGCCUGUCGAGGACGGCAAGGCGCUCCCGGACGUCGUCGUCACGUGGCAGUGGUGGUACGAGGCGGCGCCCGUCGUCGCCGUCGAGUCGGCGCAGCACGAGCGCGAGGACGAGGGCGCCAAGAACGACGCGUUCGCCACCGCCGUCGCCGUCAACCGCGACGACCUCGUCUCGCUCGUCGACACGGACCUCGCGUCGUUCCUGCGCAAGUCGCGCCUCGCGUCGGCCCUCAAGCACUCGCCGGCGCUCAAGGCCGUCGCCAAGAUGGUCCGCCCGCACCGCACCUACCUGUCGCUCGGCUCGCACGGCGAGCAGCUGUCGCUCGCCGGCGUGUCGAGCUCGCUCGACGCCCUCUUUGCCGAGUCGAGCGGGUUGUCUCGCGCCGCCCGAGACCGCGCCAACCUGCGCCUGUUCACGACGACGCUCGUCGACGCGCGGUACAUCCCGCUCGCCCGGUUCCCGCACCAGGACCUCGUGCGCAACAACGCGCUCGUCGAGGCCAAGAACGCGUUCGCGGCGCGGCACCCGGCGCUCGGCGGCGAGGGGCGCGUCAUCGACGUCGAGGCGCUCACGCGCGGCAUCGUCGACAGCGACGGGUGGAUGAAGGCCGGGCGGCACGGGCCCGACGCGGUCCACUUUCGCGGCGAGGUGUACGACGAGUGGGUCCGGCUCGUGUGGACCGACCUGCUUCAGGGUGUCAACAUGUCGAGCACGACCGUCGAGCAGGACGACGACGAGGACGAGGACGAUGACGGCGUCGAGGCGUUGCGGCGCAGGUGGAAGAGGCGGCUCUCGUGGGACGAGUCGCUCGCCGAGGACGACGACGACGACGACGACGGGCUCUGAGCGAGCCUUCACUCUCCUCUCGCAUCCUCCCUUACAUCCUUGUCUAUGCUGUUUGUAUUCCUUGCAUUGCAUUUCAUUCACU